UAUUUCACCAUUGGAUAUAUAGCAAGUUUGAGCUGAAGCAUCCAUCAAUCAGUAGAAGCAAAAGCUGAGUACUUGAGGAAAAAUGGCCUUGAUUUCCUCUGCAGCAGUCACCACUGUUAGCCGCGCCUCCUCGACACAAGCCAACUUGGUUGCCCCAUUCACCGGUCUCAAAUCCUCAGCUGCUUUCCCAGUUACCAAAAAGACCAACAAUGACAUUACCUCCAUUGCAAGCAAUGGUGGAAGAGUGAACUGUAUGCAGGUGUGGCCACCAAUUGGCAAGAAGAAGUUUGAGACACUUUCAUACCUUCCACCUCUUACUGAGGAACAAUUGGCUAAGGAAGUAGAAUACCUUAUCAGGAAGGGAUGGGUUCCUUGUUUGGAAUUUGAGCUUGAGAAAGGAUUUGUCUACCGUGAGAACCACAGUUCACCAGGAUACUAUGAUGGACGUUACUGGACAAUGUGGAAGUUGCCUUUGUUUGGAGCCACUGAUUCUUCUCAAGUGUUGAAGGAGCUUGCUGAAGCUAAAGCUGCUUACCCAGAAUCAUUCAUCAGAAUCAUUGGAUUUGACAAUGUUCGUCAAGUGCAGUGCAUUAGUUUCAUUGCUCACACACCAGCAACCUACUAAGUUUGAUAUAUGCACCACCCUUUAUUACUACUUUGUUUGUACUUGACCAUUGUAAGAACUAUAUUUCCCAUUUGUUUUAUGUUUUUUGAUAUUUCUUCAUCUUGUAUUUUUGGUUAAUAUGUAUUCGGAUUUCCUUUGGAAAUUAUGAAUGGAUGAGAACUAUCAAUAAUAAACUAUGUUGCUUUGUUUCCAAAA